GUCAGGGAAUAAGUGAAGCGUGUUCACCUGAAGAUAUGGAGUCUCCCACUGAUUCUGAGAAACAACUUCUGAUUGAGACCGAACCUCUCGGAUGGACGAGUUCUCUGGAGGAAAAAUACUCUGAAUCCAGAUCAGACAUCCUUGACGACGCCUCUAGUUCGCUCGACCUGUGGCAAACUGACCAAACCCACCGGCUCUGCCAGGAGACGGGCACGGUGCCGGCAGCUGACAGUGACGCCCAACGUUUGGCCAGGAGGAAACUCUUCAUCGCCUGCACCCUCACCCUCGUGUUCAUGAUCGGGGAGGUGGUCGGUGGAUACGCCGCUCACAGCCUGGCCAUCAUGACGGACGCAGCUCAUCUCCUGACGGACUUCGGGAGCAUCUUGAUCAGCAUCUUCUCUCUGUGGAUCUCGUCCAGGCCUCGGACGCAGACCAUGACCUUCGGCUGGCAUCGAGCAGAGAUCUUGGGCAUGUUGUUGUCGAUCGUCUCCAUCUGGGCUCUGACGGCAGCUCUGGUGUUAUCGGCCGCACAGAGGAUCACUGACGGAAACUACGACAUCGACAGUCACAUCAUGUUGAUAACGUCAGGCUGUGCUGUGGGCGUCAACAUCCUGAUGGUGUUGAUCCUCCAUCAGUCCGGGGCCUCCCACGGACACAGCCACGGGUUUUCCACCGACCGGCUGCAGAGGAACGGGGAGCGUCAGAGUCACGGCAACGCCAGCGUGAGGGCGGCCUUCAUCCACGUGGUGGGAGAUCUGCUGCAAAGUGUUGGGGUCCUGCUGGCCGCCACCAUCAUCCACUUCUGGCCUGAAUAUAAAGUAGCAGAUCCAAUAUGUACGUUUCUGUUCUCCGUUCUCAUUGUUGGGACGACAGUUCCAGUCACAAAGGAUGUUCUCAGGAUACUGAUGGAGGGAGCUCCUCAGGACGUGAGCUUCAGCACUGUGAGAAAGUCGCUGCUGUCUGUCGGAGGAGUCGUGGCCGUUCACAGUUUGUACAUGUGGAGCCUCAACAUGAGCGACGCUUUACUAUCUGUCCACGUGGUCACAGAAAAAGAUGCCGAUUCACAGAUCGUCCUCACGAAGGCGACAAAGCUCCUGCGCUCGGAAUUUAGUUUCUCCAGCAUCACGGUCCAAGUGGAGCGUUUCAGUCCAGAGACGACUGUGGAGACGGACUGAUGACGCAGGAAACCGAGGCAGAAGCUUCCACAAGCCUCUGACUCACCUGGUAUCUGACCAGCGACCGGUGAAGCUCAACAGCUUUACAUUCAUUACACGUGGUUUCCUCACCCUCGUGUCAUGUAUGUGCUUUUAUCAACU